ACUAUAUGAGCUGAAUCCAAAAAUCCUUCCUCCACAUUAUCAUUGUUCAAUUUAUAUGCAAUAAAUAAAUAAAUACAAUUUAAAAAAAAAGACUUUAACUAUAUGUUUAAACAGUUUGCAGUGGGGAGGGGCUAAUAUUCUCAAUUUUUCUACAAUAAACGGACAUCUCACUGUGGUGCAUUAGAUUUGUAACCAGUACACUUAAAUGAAUAUUGCUUCACAAAUAGCUUGCUUAUCAGCAAAGCUAAUAAUAAACAUCUCUCUCUAACUUUACAUGUUUUUGUUAUGAUCACGAAAGAGUGAUGUUGCAACAGCUACAGUGUGCAUUUGCCAUUUUAUGCCACAAGGUGUUGCCAGCGUCACCUUCACCAAAUUUAUAAUUUGUCAAGAUAUCUCACGAUAGGAUUAUAACGGUCACCAUUUAAAUGUGAAUAUCUUCUCCAACAUGAUACAUAACACUUCCGAUUGAGCAAUACUUUAGGUUGGGGAUCUUCUUCAUUAAAAAAAAAAAAAAAGUUUGGGAUUCUUGUACCAGUGUGUUUAGUUUUGUUGCAAUAAAUACAUAAAUGUCUUGCAAGGGGAGUUAGGGUGGAAAAUUUGGCAAAAUGGAAAAUUUUGAUCAACAUUUUAUGUAGUUUUUUUUAAAUGUGAUUUAAAAUGAGUGUGAUUUUGUGUAACAGUCACACUGUUGCAGUUUUUAUUUUUUAUCUAAAAUUGCGGCACGUUUCAAUUCUUUGGGUAUUAUAUAAUUCUGAGCUUUAAUUUAACUUAUUUUGCUGCCGCCGCAUGAUUUUAUGUGGCCCGCGGAGGCAAAUCAUGUGUAUCAGCUUCCAUGAUUUUUUGUUCAAAUCUGUACCAACAUUUCAAAUUGUCAUAUCAUAAUUGAUAACAUUGGGCUAUUACAAGCAUUUUUGCGUUACCAAACAAUAAUAGUUGGAAAAACCCCUUACUUUACCAGUUUAUAAAUUUCAUGUGUAAAUAUGAUGAGGUGGUUCAUGUUUUUUAUGUGUGGCCCGCGACUAAAAUGAUAUAGAACCUUUUUUAAACAGUACUUUUUUUCCCAUUUUCAAGCAUAGUACAUUUUUAAUUUAAUCUAGAGAUAGUAGAUAAAUAUUCAUCCCGUGAGCGUGAGUACUUUUGCCACCUCCGAAAAUGAAGCAACUUUUAAAAAAAAACAAUCUUGGAAUGAUAAUGAAGGAGUGCACGGAGUCUCCCAUUGGUUAAUCCUGUUAAUCCUAAUUAGCAUAAAGGGGGCAGAGUAUUGGAGGCGUCCACUCGGCGCAGGUUGCUGAUGCUGAUGUCACUCCUCUGCGUGAGGAGGCGGGUGGGGAGGAGACGACAAAAAAAAAAAAAAAAGGAACCAAAAUAGUGGGUAAUGAGCACCAAUGGCCACGGAGGCAGCAUUGAUGCUGUCAGAGCCGAGCGCAAAAGUGCCACAGGUGAGGAUGGAAGACUCAGCGCGUCCUCGGCGGCGCCAGCAAGCUGCAGCCAACUUCGCCGCGUGAAAGGGGGGAAGAAGCCAAGAGAAGCAUGGAGGGAGCCCAGGCGUGCGCGUAGAUUUGCUCUCCUUUUUAUGCACGGGGGCGAGGCGGCAAGACCGGCGCGCCGAUGAGAGAAUCCUGCACAGUUUGACUCAAACAGGAGAAGAAGAUAGCACGCGAAGAUGAACGAGGACGUGGGAUCGUCUGGGCUGGCCAGGUCGGCGGCGGUCAAGCUGUCUGAGAUGAGCGCGCGCACCAAGCAGCUGGGAAGCGCCAUGCAGGACCCGCACCGGCAGCGGCGCAUCAUCCUGGUGAUUGUGUGCGUGGCGCUGCUGCUGGACAACAUGCUUUACAUGGUCAUCGUGCCCAUCAUCCCGGACUACCUGGCCGACCUGGAGAACGAGCAGUCUGAGCACGUCCACCUCAUCCUGCACCCAAACGCCAGCGCGUACGGCAACGGCACGGGCGCGGGUCAAGCCAACGGCAACAACCUGGACGUCCAGAUCGGAGUUCUGUUCGCGUCCAAAGCCAUCCUGCAGCUGCUGGUCAACCCUCUGAGCGGCACCUUCAUCGACCGCGUCGGGUACGACGUCCCGCUGCUCAUCGGGCUGACUGUCAUGUUUCUCUCCACGUGCAUUUUCGCCUUCGGGGAGAACUACGCCACGUUGUUCGCCGCCAGGAGCUUGCAGGGUCUGGGCUCGGCGUUCGCGGACACCUCGGGCCUCGCCAUGAUCGCCGACAAGUACACGGAGGAGGCCGAGCGCAGCCGGGCGCUGGGCAUCGCGCUGGCCUUCAUCUCCUUCGGGAGCCUGGUGGCGCCUCCCUUCGGCGGGGUUCUCUACGAGUUCGCCGGCAAGCGGGUGCCCUUCCUGGUGCUCGCCUUCGUGUGCCUGGCGGACGGCUUCCUCUUCCUCACCGUCAUCCGGCCCUUCUCCAACAGGACUCGAGAGAACAUGCCGGUGGGCACCCCCAUCUACCGGCUGAUGAUCGACCCGUACAUCGCGGUGGUGGCCGGCGCGCUCACCGUGUGCAACAUCCCGCUGGCCUUCCUGGAGCCCACCAUCGCCAACUGGAUGGAGAGCACCAUGCACUCCAAGCAGUGGCAGAUGGGCUUGACGUGGCUGCCCGCCUUCUUCCCGCACGUCUUGGGCGUGUACAUCACCGUCAAGCUGGCGGCGCGUCACCCCAACUUGCAGUGGUUCUACGGCGCGCUGGGCAUGGUCAUCAUCGGCGCCAGCUCGUGCACGGUGCCGGCGUGCAAGACCUUCGGCGAGCUCAUCGCUCCGCUGUGCGGCAUCUGCUUCGGCAUCGCGCUGGUGGACACGGCGCUGCUGCCCACGCUCGCCUUCCUGGUGGACGUGCGCCACGUGUCCGUCUACGGCAGCGUGUACGCCAUCGCGGACAUCUCCUACUCGGUGGCGUACGCUAUGGGGCCGGUGGUGGCGGGUCAGAUCGUGCACAACUUGGGCUUCGUGCAGCUCAACCUGGGCAUGGGCUUGGUCAACGUCCUCUACGCACCCGCGCUGCUCCUGCUGCGCAGCGUGUGCCAAAUGCGGCCGUCCUACUCGGAGAGGGACACCCUGCUGGAGGAGGCUCCGCAAGGCUUGUACGACACCAUCCGCAUGGAGGAGAGGCGGGCCAAGAAGAAGAAGAAGAAGGGCUACAGCUCGGCGGGCAACUGCCUGGCCGUGGACGAGAACGGCUUCGACGCCUUCAAAGCGCAGCGGUCGCAGUCCGAGGAGUCGUCCGGCGCGGAGUUCACCUGAGGCGGGCGAGCUUCUCCGAAACACCCCGCCACCCCUCCCCCCCCUGAA